UAUUUUAUAACGCUGUGGCUGAGGCUUAACUUGUGAUUAUCUGGUUCAUUAUGCAAUUCAUGCUUCGUUUCGGUACAUCGGCACAUCGUCUUCACAGUCAGCAACCUGUAUUGCCCUGGAAGCAAAUUUAUUCCGUUCCUCCACGAACUUCAUAUAGAAAAAGUCGUUUGAUUGCAGCUCACGGACAAGCACCACAGGAACCGAAACCAACCCGCAAUGAUGAAGACCAUAGGCGCCUUACGUCAGCAAUCCUCCGCUCCGCUGCGGCCACCUGGUCCCGGCUGGACACCCCUCAGCGCCUCUACACGGUAGUCGCAGCUGGCGCCGUGCUGCUGGCCGCACCCCAGCUUUUGACCCUGCUGCUCAUCAGCGCUGAGCGGCUGCUGGUGGGGGCCUUGCUGGUGGUGGAGGAGGUGCUGGGGGGGGCCUUGCUGGCGGGAACAAGGCUGAUCGCGCUGUCCGGCGUCCUGGCACUGGUGGCGGUUCAGGUGGUUCAGUACGAACACCUAGGGGCUCACAAGAGGUGAGGGCACUAGGAGGACAUCGCGCCCUGGGCUGGUGUAAUGACGCGCGCGGUGGAGGUUCAGCGCCAGAUAUCGUACAUGAAUUCGUGCAUUUAAUGAAUACCUUAGUUAAUUUUAAGAUGUUAGAAUGUCCUGAUGCGUUAAAUCUCUCCGUCUGUAUCCCUUUUAAAUGUUUCGUGAACACGGGUGUCUUACGUACGGUGUCCUACAUACGACCGCUUUGUAAGGAAUGAUACGGCACUUCCGUACGUGUGUGUACGUUUGUGACACUUCCGUACGUGUGUAUGUAUACAAGAAUUGACCAGCCUAAUCAAUUGUGCCAUUGCGAGCUCCGCCUUUGGGACUUCCCCGUCCCAAGGGAUAUGUGCUCUCGGAUUUUAAUCCCUUGUUUUGCAGUUAUACCUACUUAUAUAUUUGCAUUUGCGUGGAGUCGUGGAUCCGCAUUAGGCAUUAGGCCGCUGAUAUCACCUCACACCGCUACCGGAGUCUACUGGAUUCUACAGCAGCAAGCUGUGUUGUCGUGCAAACCUUCCUCCCAU